AUGCCAUACACGCCAAUCGACAUUAAAGCUGAACAAGAAGCCUUCGACAGAGAGGUUGCCGCCGUGGAGCAAUGGUGGAAGGAACCAAGAUGGAGAAAGACCAAGCGUAUCUACACCGCUAAGGACAUUGUCCAGAAGAGAGGUACCCUCCAGAUCCACUACCCAUCCUCCGACCAGGCUAAGAAGUUGUACAAGCUGUUGGAGGAGCACGACCGUAACAAGACGGCCUCCUUCACCUUUGGAGCCUUGGACCCAAUCCACGUUACGCAGAUGGCCAAGUACUUGGACACCGUGUACAUCUCUGGAUGGCAAUCAUCCUCCACCGCCUCCACCUCCAACGAGCCAUCUCCAGAUUUGGCUGACUACCCAUACGACACCGUGCCGAACAAGUGUGAGCACUUGUGGUUUGCUCAGCUGUUCCACGACAGAAAGCAACACGAGGAGCGUUUCCGUAUGACCCCAGAGGAGAGAGCCAAGACCCCAUACACCGACUUCCUCCGCCCAAUCAUUGCUGAUGCCGACACUGGUCACGGUGGUAUCACCGCCAUCAUCAAGCUUACAAAGCUUUUCAUCGAGCGUGGUGCCGCUGGUAUCCACAUUGAGGAUCAAGCUCCAGGUACCAAGAAGUGUGGUCACAUGGCUGGUAAGGUUUUGGUGCCAAUCCAGGAGCACAUCAACAGAUUGGUUGCCAUCAGAACCGCUGCUGAUAUCUUUGGCUCCGACUUGCUCUGUGUUGCCAGAACUGACUCCGAGGCUGCUACAUUGUUGACCUCCACUAUCGACCACAGAGACCACUACUUCAUUGUCGGUUCCACCAACAAGAACUUGCAACCAUUGUCCGAGGUUAUGUUCCAAGCCGAGCAAAGAGGUUUGCAAGGUGAUGCCUUGGCUGCCGUUGAGGAGGACUGGACCAAGAAGGCUGGCCUCAAGCUCUUCCACGAGGCUGUCAUUGAUGAGAUCAACUCUGGUUACUACCCAAACAAGCAGGCCUUGAUUGCCGAGUUCACCUCCAAGGUUCACCCACUCUCCAACACCUCCAACAAGGAGGCCCGUGCUUUGGCUAAGAAGCUUACUGGCAAGGACAUCUUCUUCGACUGGGAGGCACCAAGAGUCAGAGAAGGUUACUACCGUUACCAAGGUGGUACCCAAUGUGCUGUUAACAGAGCCCGUGCUUACGCUCCAUACGCUGAUAUCAUCUGGAUGGAGUCCAAGUUGCCAGACUACGCCCAGGCUAAGGAGUUUGCCGAUGGUGUCAAGGCCCAAUGGCCAGAACAAUGGUUGUCUUACAACUUGUCCCCAUCUUUCAACUGGAACAAGGCCAUGUCUGUCGCUGACCAGGAGACCUACAUCCAAAAGUUGGCUAAGCUCGGAUACGUCUGGCAAUUCAUCACCUUGGCUGGUUUGCACACCACUGCUUUGGCUGUGGACAACUUUGCCCGUGACUACGCUAAGAUUGGUAUGAGAGCCUACGGCCAACAGAUCCAAGCUCCGGAAAUCGAGAACGGUGUUGAGGUUGUCAAGCACCAGAAGUGGUCUGGUGCCGAGUACAUUGACAACUUGCUGAAGUUGGUCACUGGUGGUGUCACCUCCACUGCUGCCAUGGGUAAGGGUGUCACUGAGGACCAAUUCAAGGACGACAAGUCCAAGUUGUAA